GAGGAGGGAGGCAGCCGGCCAGGUUCAGGUUACAGGGCAGCAAGCCUCCUUAAUUCACAGAAAAAGCAUCUGCUUUAAUAGGCAUAGCAUCUGUCUUGUCAGUGCUGCUUGUGAUCCCUGGUGUAAAGUGAAUGUUUGAGGCUGGGAUGUAGUCUUCCAAGUAUAUUCUACUCAGCAGUGAGACUGGCUUGAGGUUUUGUCACAGUCGCCAUGGGGGACCUGGGUUUGGGCCGGGAGUUCCACACUUGGCACCAGUUCAGCACAUUCAUCGACGACUGGUGCGAGAAGCACAAGGUGCUCUUCAUCGUCGCCAGCCUGAAGCCGCUGAUCUCACUGCGCCAGAACCCCCUGCACCAUCAACCCAGCCUGGCCGAAAUCCUCCGCUUCCGUUUUGUGCGCCUCAUCUGCAAGCACAGUGGGACCUAUGUGGGGCAGAGCACGGUGCAACGCAACCGCCUCAGUGAGAAAAUCGACUGCCCAGCCUCCAUCACACUCCGCCUGGGCCCCAAGAAAGACCGUUUGGUGGUGAUCGAGGCCAACCUGGAGCACAACCACCGUCUGUCUGAGCUGGAGUUUGCCCUCCACUUCAAGCGACACCAGCUGAGAGCGAGCCUGGGGCUGCCCAUCCGCAUCACCAACAGCAUUUCCAAGCGCUUCCUGGCACCUGAUCUUAUCUGGAACCUAGAGGACUAUAGCAAAGCCAAAGACAAGGGCAUGUGCGAGCUCUUGGCCGUUCUGGAUGGACUCUUCAAGGCAGAUCCAGCUGCGAAAGUUAAACUAGUGUUCCAGGAGGAUGUGGCCAUCCUCAACAGCAUCUUCCUGGCCACCUCACGCAUGCGCGAACUGGUGCAGCGCUUCCCAGCCCGCCUUUUCCUGGAGCGUGCUGCCUGCCUCAAUGCAGACUUUGAGCUCUACACGGUGCUGUGCCAGGAUGCCAAUGGGCGUGGGCGGGAGGUAGCCUAUUGCCUAGCACGCCAGGGGCUGCCUGACCUGCUCAUAUUCAUUGUGGCUUCAUUGGUGCAGAGUGCCCCAGACAUCAAGCUGCAGGUUAAAGUUGUGACCGUCGGGGGUGGUGUAACAGGCCUUGAUGCUGUAGAGGAGGUGCUGCCGUGCGCCCGGGUGCAGAUUUGCCGCCUGCAGGUCUUGGAGACGCUCUACCGCAAGGCCUGUGAACUGGCUGUCCCCAAGGAAGACCAGAUACGCAAUCUGCUGCUCAACCUGGCUAAUGCUGAUUCGCCACGGGUCUAUAGCCAGUAUCUGAGUGACCUGGAAGAUGUGGCUCCACUCUCCUUCCUUCAGUACUUCCUGGAGCGCUGGCACCCCCACAAAGGUAUGUGGGUGGAGUGCUGGGCCUUUGAGAAGAACCAAGAAUGCCCCUUCCUUGACCACCUUAGCAUGCACCGCCGCAAGCUGCUGGCAACACUCAAUCUCCCCAUGGCACUGGCCGCCUGUGUCCAGGGUCUGUUGGACCUCCAGGCCCUGCACGUGGAGACCUCGACGCUAAAUGUGGCACCAGUGGUUGAACUAUACCAGACCGUCUGCCCGCCUGACAGUGCUGACCUGGUAGCUGAGGAACUAGACCUGGUGCCCCAUGCGCGCUACGAGCUCAAGGACACUCCUGACGGGUACCUCCUGGAGGGGAGCACCUGUUCCUUUCUGGUGAGCCAGGACCUGGCCACUUGCAGCUGUUCUAUUUAUAUGGCUCACCAGCUGCCUUGCCGGCAUAUCUUCGCUGCACGCCUUUGGGUCGGGGAACCCCUCUUUGACCCCAGCCUGCUGCCCCACCCACUGGAUGGACAUCAAAAUAGCACAGGACAGGAGGAGUGCUAACCAAGACACCUGUUGGACAUCUGUCAGCCCAAGACAAGUGUCGUGGGCAUUGAAUGGUGGUGUACAGACCUGGUAACUGCCUCAGACAAUUAUCAGGGACUGUUAUCAGUCCGGGACAAGGGGAGACAUUGCAUUGCCAAACAUCUUGGGUGGUCCAGUCGGGGAUAGUAGGACUGACUGCUGACCGGCCAUUAUGAGACCAGGCUGAUGUUGUCCAUCUGUGUGCACAAGGAUCAGUGACUGCUAAGAAACCUCAUUAUCACUGCCAAGAUCUAGAACUGGGUUGCCAUGACCUGCACCAGUUAUGCUGGGUCUGAGAAAAGGGAACAGGAGCGGGUUCAGUGCAAAGAGCAUUCCUCGUUUGCUCACAUCUCCAGGGACUUGGUUGAAGCUCAGCGAGCCACCGAGGGUUUUGCAUUUGAUUGCUGUUCUGCAAAUCGUAAUCCAAAAGUUCUUUAUCCGGGAAAGCAAAAUUCUGCCAGAAGUCAGUGAAUAGAAUUGAGCUAGCUUUUUCAUUAAAUCUUGCCCUAGUCCUAUCUAUUACAGCCCUGUAGUACAGGAGUUUUUAUUCAUGCAGGUCUCAUGAUCCCUAGCGUAGCUUUUUGGUGGCCAAAUGAAACCCUCUCCUUCCUUUUUCACCAACAGAAAAUCUGUCUGGAACCAACCCGUUCUCUGCACUUCGGGGGGGAUCAACAUUCUGCAUUAGGACAAUCCAAAUGCAUUUCAGAGGAAAGCU